UCUGUCUCUCUACCUUCUAAAGCAAUAUUUCUCACCAAAUCCUCACCAGAAAGCGAUAUAAGCAUUCAAUUCACACCCUUUAUUCUUCUUUGGACAGUGCGGCAGUUGCACAUACUUGUUUAGACAGUGAAGCUUCGAUCGGUGCAGUGAAGAUGGUGAACGGGGUUGCGUUGCACCAUGGAGCGCUAAAGCGGCGGUGGGACGAGAAAGGGUGCCUGAACCACGGCGCCGCUCACUUUCACCAACGAUGCGGUGACGUAGGUGCGACCGCAGCGCCUGCGCAACCUCCUCGGCCUCCCAUCGGCAGGAAGCUUUUGACUCUCUCGGCCAUGGACCUCGAUGCGGCGGCAUCGGUCGUCCCCCCUGUCACUGUCUUCCUGGAGGGGCGUUCGAUCUGCCAUCGCGUCUGCCUCGACAAGCACACAAGCUAUGAGAGCCUAGCGAAGGCUUUGCGCCGCAUUUUCGUCGAUGUCGACGAGGGCGAUGAGCACGGUGAGGGCGGUGGCAAGGAGCUCCAACUCUCCAAUGCCGUACCUGGUCACGUGGUGGCCUAUGAGGACAUGGAGGACGACCUGCUCCUCGCAGGUGAUCUAAACUGGAAGGAUUUUGUUCGCGUAGCCAAGAGAAUCCGAAUCAUCCCUGCAAAGGCUAGCCGUCGGAAACAACGUGGAGGGCAGUAGCUGGUGUAAACUGUGAAGAUAAACAUGUAUCUAAUUUGGUGCAAUCUUAAUCUUAUCAAGCAGGGCUACUACUUGAAUUCUAGAUAUGAUUUAUGGUUAGAAUUGUAAGGUUGGAGAGGCAUGAAAUGAUGUCUCUCACCGCUAGCUGUGGGCUUUGUGGCUGAAAGCAUCGCUGUUCUACUUUGCUUUCUAUCUGUAUAAAUGUGAAAUCUUUCUAUAUGCU